AUGCCUGCAUACAGCGGCUCCCCGAUCCCAAACAUCCCCCCGCGCCACGGCUCGCCGCACGACGAGAUCUUGCGCUCGCCCGUCAUGUUUCCGCGCUCCCUCACGCAGGACAGUCGGGCCGCGCACAACUCAGGCGGCGGCGGCGGUGGUGGUGGGAGUGAGGUGCCGACGCCGGUCAAUCUCGCCGAGCUCGACUCGCUGCCGUUGAGCGACGAGCAAAAGGCGCGCAUCAUUGAGCGGCACCUCGCAAGGGCCGAGGGAGGCGAGGACGAGCCAGGGGUGGACGCAGCAGGAGGCGCGGCAAGACGCAGCCGCGACGGCUCGCGCUCGCGGUCGAGGCCCACGUCGCACGCCGACUCGGACGCCUCGCACUCGCCGUCGUUGUCUGCAGCAGACGACGACAACAACAUCGAGGAGAUGGCGACGCCGUCCGACGACGGCUACCAGGGCCCACACACGAUGCAGGGCGGCGCCAUCACCGACGACGUCUACCGCUGGGCGCACCACAACCGCCGGCGGGUGCCCAAGCGCGCGCGCAGCGAGAGCCUGCACCUGCCCCGCACCAGCACCAUCGACCCGGACCUGGACGCAUCGGCGAUCCGCGAGCCCGGUGGCUUCCGUCGCUACUUUGUCCUCGCCCAGGCGGCAGACCAGGGCCGGCCGGCACCGCGUGCUGUGCGCAGCUUCAUCGAUUUCCUCAGCCUCUACGGCCACUUUGCCGGCGAGGACCUGUCGGACAUUGAAGACGAGGAUGAAGACGAGGAGGAUGAAGACGACGACGACGAAGAAGCUGGUCUUGGCAUGGCAGGCGCCAGCAGAGGCAGCACCACGAGGCAGGCGACCGAGUCGACGCCGCUCGUGGGCAGCAGGCGCCGAAAGGGCCUCUCGCGCAGCGGCAGCCGGCUACGCAGGGGCUCGGCUGGCGAGGGGGGAGAGCGGCAGCGCGGCGAGGCCACGGUGACGGACGCCGUCAUGAUGCUCCUCAAGUCCUUUGUCGGCACCGGCAUCCUCUUCCUCGGCAAGGCCUUCUACAACGGCGGCCUCCUCUUCUCCACGGGUGUCCUCUGUGCCGUGGCGAUGAUCUCGCUCGCCUCGUUUCUCACCCUCGUCAAGACGAACCUCGCCGUGCCCGCCAGCUUUGGCGAGAUGGGCGGCAUCCUCUACGGCCCCAAGAUGCGCCUCGCCAUCCUCGCCUCCAUCGUCUUUUCCCAGCUCGGCUUCGUCGCCGCAUACACCGUCUUUGUCGCCCAGAACCUGCAGGCGUUUGUGCUCGCCGUCACCCACUGCCGCACGCUGAUCCCCACCGUCUGGCUCAUCGUCGCCCAGAUGCUCCUCUUCCUGCCCCUCUCCCUCGUCCGGCGCAUCGCCAAGCUCUCGUCGACGGCCCUCAUCGCUGAUCUCUUUAUCCUCCUCGGCAUCAUCUACCUCUUCAGCUUCGAGAUCCGCCAGGUGGCGCAGCACGGCCUCGCCGACGUCGUCUACUUCAACUCCAAGAGCUUUCCCCUCUUUAUUGGCACCGCCGUCUUCACCUUUGAGGGCAUCGGCCUCAUCAUCCCCAUCACCGAGUCGAUGCGCGAGCCCGAGCGGUUCCCCAAGGCCCUCUCGGGCGUCAUGGCCGGCGUCAUGGUCCUCUUUGCCACCAGCGGCGCCCUGUCUUAUGCCGCCUUUGGCUCCCACGUCCAGACCGUCGUCAUCACCAACCUGCCCCAGGACGCCAAGUUUGUCCAGGCGCUCCAGUUCCUCUACUCGCUCGCCAUCCUCCUCUCGACGCCCCUCCAGCUCUUCCCUGCCGUCACGAUCCUCGAGCGUGGGCUGAUGGGCACCAAGUCGGGCAAGCACGACUGGCGCGUCAAGCUGCACAAGAACCUCUUUCGCUGUUCGAUUGUCGCCGUCAGCUGCCUGGGCGCCUGGCUCGGCUCCGCGAGCUUGGACGUGUUUGUGUCGUUCAUCGGCUCCGUCGCUUGCGUGCCGCUGUGCUUCAUCUACCCGCCGCUACUCCAUCUGAAGGCCUGCGCCACGCGGCGACGCACCAUCAUCCUCGACUACUGCCUCCUCGCCUUUGGCAUCGUCACCGUCGUCUUUGCCGGCAGCCAGACGGUCCGCGAGCUCCUCAGCCCGGGCAGCCCGCCGGACCAGCCCGUGUGCCGGCCGCCGGAGUAG